CGUGUUGAACAGAAAAUUUGCCUCGGUUUAUGAAUGCAUCGAUUUACACGCAUUUGUAUGGGGGUAUUUGGAAGCUAACGGACAGCUUUUCAGCUUCCAAAUUUCAACUCCGCGUAGUUGAUCUACUGGAGACUUGUACCAAAAAGUCGUUCUUGGCAAGAAUUUUCAAAUUUCGUUAUAAGAAGGCUAACAAGUUACUCACCUCUGAAGUUGGACAACGAUUUGCGACUCGUGGUUUAAACUCGACUUGCCUUUUCAAAUCUCGACGCAUUUCUCAAGGAAUUUCAGUUUAGGGGUGCAUUUGACUUUUUCCAUGGGGGUUUCAAAGGAUAUCGCUGUGGCUUCCGUCUAACUGCUUUUAUUUAUGCUCCUGAACUGGUUCAGACUUGAAGUAAUUCAGCCAAGGCAAUAAUGGCCGUGCGCGUAUUUUACUUACGAUUCUGGCUCUGGUUUUGAAGAAAAUUGCUACUUCCCUCGCUUGAAAGGCCCAACAGUCUACGGAAUAACAUAUUUGGGGUAUCAUUCAAGUGUGGAGUGAGCGAAAUAAGACGAAAUUCGUGAUUUUUGGACGUCAUUGACAGUGUUAUGCUCUGUGCUCGAAAUUUGUGAUUGGUCGAUUGAAGCGGCGAAGCAUCGAAAUUCAAAACUCCCACCAAAUUUGCCGUGCAGUUCAAUAAGUUUUGUAUUUGCAAAGUGGGACAGGACAUUGACUGGAAAAUACCAUCCCCGAUCUACGGUCUGGAAAAUGGCCAAGGAACUCGGCCUAGAUGCUUCUGCCUAUGAAAGAGAAUACAACAAUUUUAUGACCAAAUUGAAGAAAUUUCACGAUAGUAAAGGGACUCCGUUUCGCCGGUUGCCUUGGCUUGGGGGUCAAUUUUUGGACCUCUUUCUCUUGUAUAAAAAAGUGACCGAUCACGGUGGAUGGGUGAAGGUGACUGAGGAUAAAAAGUGGAGGGAUAUUGCAGAGUUUUUUAACCUCCCAUCUACUUGUACAAACGCUGCUUUUGCUUUGAGGCAACAUUAUGCAAGAUACCUUGAAGCAUAUGAGAGAAUCAACUUCUUUGGGGAAGAUGCUGAAGAUGUGCUUGCGUCUGGACGGCCCAAUACACCCAUAUCAAUGGCACCCUAUAUUGCGCCAGAAUAUACACAGUCUAUAAUACCAAAAGAUGAAAAUAGAAACUUUGAGAAGUUAGUGCUGUCCUUACAAUGUGGCUUGCCGAACGAAGUGGAUUUUGCAAUCAACAUCUGUAUGCUGCUUUCCAAUGUCAGCAACUCUGUCUUCAACCUUACAAAGGCACCUGCUGUAAUAGACAUGCUUCUAGCCCAUGUUGGUGUUUUUGGGGAGAACUCACAGAGCCUCAAGGAUGUCUACAAAGAAUGGUAUCAGAAGACAGAUCGGGACUUUAUCAAGUUCUGGAUGGAAACAAUUGAAGAAGAUGAAUUGAGAGCACUGUUCUGUGAAAGCAAAGAUCAAGUUGAAUCUGUUGAGGAUGACAGACUGUUCAAUGAUGGUAAAAAGUAUGGGGCAAGCAGUAUAGAGGCCCAACGAGUUGCACAGGUCUGCAUGAUCCUGUAUAACUUCUCGUUUGACUCCACGAAUGCAGAAAUUCUAGCAAGCCACACAGUUUGUCUAAGGUUUCUGAUGAUGGGAAUUUGUAGUCGUCUUGGAAAUCUCCAAAACCUGGCAUGGAACACUCUUUCAAACCUCGCAGAGAAGAUGAAGCUAGACCCUAUUGAGUCAAACGUCACCCAAGUGUUUUUUCAAGUUAUGCACCACUUUUUGAAUGACAAUGACCGCUUUAGAGUCAUCAAGGCCAUGGAUGUGUUGGCUAAGCUAUGUACUUGUGAGGAAAAUGACACUGUGAUGGAGAAUGGAUUAGAGGUGCAUGGCUAUGAAUCCCUGAUCAGAAUCCUAAUCAUCCCAGACAUUCAGCUUGUUAUAGGCUCCCUAGAAGCCCUAUACAACAUCUCUGGUGUUGGCCAGGUGACUUCAGACCAGAUAGCAGGCAUUCACCAUAGUGUGGAUACUCUGGUCUGUAUGGUGACAUUAGAUGUGGACUUCUUUGGACCAAAGGCUCUCAGUGCAGUAACAGUCAUAGAAAACAGGAUAUCUGCUCCCCUACCCCCCAUCCCUAGAACACGGCCUGCCAUGACGCCUCCCCCAAUAUCUCCAACCACUGGGCCACCAAAGUCUCCUGCCCCAACAAGACGAGAAGAGAUGGAUGCUGAGUCAUUCACCUUCAAAUGGUUAAAAUCAACGUAUGAAAAUUAUCCAAAUGGCAGUGUAUCUCGCAUUGACUUGUAUGCUGAUUAUCUGUCAUCAUGUAGCCGCCUGGCACGCAUAGGAAUCUUGAAUGCUACUUCAUUCAAUAGAAUAGUCAAAAUGGCAUUUCCUGAUGCCCAGCUCCGGCGUUUUCCAUCUGGUAACCAACUUCAGUAUGCUUUGGUUGGUGUGCGCAGGAAGCCUAACCAGCAAGUUCCAUCGACAAUUAACUCUACCAUGUCUCCUGGUACUCAGGACCACAGCAGAACACCCACUCCACCCAUGUCUGUACAAAACGCACCUUCCUGGAACCAGAGUCCGAGGUUAGGGAUGAGCCCAGCCCGCCCACCAGUCCCUGCUGGUCAAUACCAGGGGACACCAAGAGCGCCACUUAACCAGGCACCCGUGAGAAGACCUUUCAUGCCUGGCCAGGGCCUCCAACAAAUGCCUGGGUUAUCAGGAAGUGGCCAGGGUACUCCUGAUCAGAGCGCUGGUAUGGCACACCAGAUGAGAACUAGAAACCAACAAAUGAUGAUCCAACAGCGCCAGAGAAUGCAGCAAAAUUUACAACAACAAGGACAGCAGCAGACCCCACAGAGAAUAGCCCCGGCCCCACCUAAUACCCAAAACAUGCGUCAAACACCAACACCACCCAUGCCUCCAAAGUCACCACAUGGGUCCCCAGGACUAAUGGCAGCACAGCAAAAUAGUGGUGGACAAUCCAUGCCGCAGCACCAAGUCAUGCAGAUGGCCCGGCAGCAAAUGCCAGGCAUGGUCCAGCAAUCUACCAAUAACCCUAGAGUACCAGCCAUGAGUGGAUUUCCUCUCCAACGGCCAGCUCAAUUACCAGUUAUGUCGACUGCUUCCAUGCAGAGUCCAGUACAAACUGUGACACUACCUGGGGCAGUUAACAUGCUACCACCUGGUGCACCCCUGAGACCGUACCAGGCUAGACCUCUCAGACCUGACAUGGCACAGACGUGGGCGACUCCAAUGGGUCAAAGCACCCAGGGCCCGAAUGUUCCAGGAAUAAGGCCAGGUAUGGAUGGAGCCCAGAGGGGAACGACACCACAGGGAUGGCAGCAAGCCCCUUCCACCACUGCACAGGUCCGCCCCGGGGUAGCAGGCUAUCCCACUCCACAGGAGGCUGCUGCUGGGUUUGUGGGGAGGAGCUAUAUGCAGCCUAUUGCACCCAAGCCCAUGCCAGUACCGAGCUCGUCUGUCCUGAACACGAACAUGCCACGCCCUUCUUUACCUAACCACAAGCCGUCCUCAGAUGGUGUCGUCCUGAUUGCAAGAGAAGAGAGAGCGGAGGAUGUUGUUUCAACUGAUCUACUACAAAACUCUGAGGAACAGCGAAUUGUUGUGGUGGAGAACUCGAACAGAAGACAAAAUACGGUGGAGAAAAACUCUAGUGCUAGUUUGGCAGGAAGUAAUGGACAUGUUGGCAGUGAGAAUGGUUCAGAGACUCCUCCCCCUUCGACACGAACUGACUCAAGCACCCAGGGACUGAACAACACUGGUGGGAAGGGGGGUCUAAAAAGAGAUGUGAAAGCAUUACAAAACUCAAGUGAUGGACAAACCAAUAAAGCGCAACACAAUGGACAUGAUAACCCUAAAAAAGCUCGAUUAGGUGAUCAGACAAACGAUAGGGUGAUAUCCCCGCCUACUUUACCUUGUAGCACCGACGUCACCACACCUCUUGUUAAUGGUGGGGUACGUACAGACUCUAAGAGCAAACUCAUGGAUAAGUUACUAGGGAAUGACCUACACAUGCCUCUUAACGGCGUCUGUGACAUCAACUCUACGGACUUGGACUUGAUUCCUGGGGAAGGAGAGCGGCUGAGUGGUAGCAACUCCAAGAGUUCGUCUCCUGAUCUCUUUGAAAAUAAUUCUGAUUUCGGAAAGUACCUAGAGGAAGGGGAUACUGAUACAGGGCUUUUCAGUGAUGUGUUGUCAGGGGACUUGCGGAUUGAUCCCGUAGAACUGGACUCGGAAGAGAAAGGGAAAGACACGGAGGGUCAGGUCCCUAGUCUACCUGAUCUUGGUUAUGACGCUGUUGCGCAGGAGUUGAGGAACCAGACAAAUAGUGUGGCUGAUGACACGUUUGGCAAGUCCCUGGGUGUCAAUGUUAAAGCACCCAUCCCUUCCGUGUCCUCUGCAUCGCAGACUCAACCUGGUCCCAACGAGAUGGUGCUAUCACGAUACGGGGAUCAGCCCAGGUACCCUGUACGGGGCCCCAAUCCAGAAGGUGUCUGGAAUGGGCCUGUUAAGAGCCCCAUGGUAUCUGGGACCAUCCCUGGAAGGCCCCCCACAGCACAGACUGCUAGUGAGAUCCUUGAGCAUCGAACACGGGCUCUUGUUACACCAAAGGCAUCAGUCAUGGAGCCACAGGACCAGACGAGGGGGCAACAGGCCACGCCCCAGGUGCCAAUGGGUCUACCAGCUGUUUCUGCACAUAUUAGCCCUGGGCCCAUGGCGCCAGCUGGGACACCACCCCCAGCCACGCCCUUAUCUAGUGAUGGGACUGGGCCGCAUUUCAAAUCCGGACCAAGUACACCUUCUGUAGAGACUGUGAAGCCGUUUCAAUGCCGGUGGGAAGCAUGCGCAAGCUCGUUUGACGACAGCAAGCAGUUGUUUGGUCACGUGGUCAGCGCCCACGUUUCGCGGGAUUCGCUGACUAUGUCAUGCGCGUGGGAAAACUGUGCACCUGUACGGCGAUCGAGGUCUUCGCUGCUCUUCCAUUUACAGCAAAAACACAUGGAGCCCACACCAGUCACCACCAUUUCUCAUCCACCACAGGCAGCCCAAGCGCCGCCCACGACACCAGCACCGCAGACGCACAAUCCAAGUCCAUUCCCAGCGUACCACUUGCUCGCACGCAUGCUCAACGUACACCAGGAGGAAGAUGAGUCCCCCCUCACCAAAACCAUACGUCUCACCGCCGCACUUGUACUUAGAAACAUCGCCCAGUACUCCGCCACAGCUAGAAGCCUUCUACGUCGACACGAGCGUCACCUGUCCGAAGUUGCCAUGUCUGGGUCAGAGGCCGCCCAUGCGGUGGCCGCCUGUCUGUCCGAACUCUCCCCACAUCGCAAGACCUCGCAAAGCGACGGUGACAAUUUUAUUUGGACGUUAAAUGGAUAGCCCUCCAUUACUCUGACUACAUAUUUAACUCAGCCAUACCUAUCGCCACCGAGCGUAUCAAUAUUGAGAGUACAUUUGUUCAACUCUAUUACAUUGUCGUUUCGGAUUUACAUAACAUGAAAACAUCUUCAACCAUCAGAUUUUUUUAUUUUAAACUCGAGCAAUGUAACUAUGUCAUGUACGGCUUUAACACUAGAGAAUAAAGCGCAGAAUAUACUAAGCGCGCAUGUAUUAGUCAGUGUGAAGGGGACGGACGCGGAGAAGGAAGGAACGAAGCGGUUUCCUUUCCUUUCUUCUUUGCUACACCUUUCCAUCCUCUCCGCUCUAUUUCUUACGUUAAUGGAGAGUACGUUUAAAAGAUGCAUCGAAUGUGUUUGUAUAACGAUUGAUUUGCUGACAACCUCAAGAAAUCCUCGUUCGCCCCAGCCCAAUUAUAACCAUGAAUAUAUGUUCUUAUCUUUUUUGAAUUAGAAUGUUGACAAUAAAACCGAAACAUAAAUUGUCGCGGUAAUCAUCAAGCACACAAAUGAAGAAAAGAUUGAUAUGGUGAUUCGCCGAAUCAGUUUUCAUGUUUGAUUAUUUUUCUAAAAUAAAAGAUGGCAUUUUUCACAAACGUAUACCUAUCGCAUAAUUUGGCGUUUAAGGGUGCAUUCGGCACUGGGAAGCUAUUGGCAUGGAACUAAAACUCCUAUUUACCUGAACUAAACUUAAGUUAAAGGGCACCGUCACGACUUUUCCGUUGGCCACGGUUUACAUCACAAUCUGCGUUUAAAGGCAAUGGAAGCCAGCGAAAAACCUACAUUUAUGUAGUGGCUCUCUAGAAAGAAUCGGAUUUCUAAGUUAUCGUGGCCAGCGGAAAACUGAAAACUAAAUGCGGAGGACUUGGUGCGAAGUGCGAAACUCAGUCGCUUUAAUUCCAUGUUAUACAGUAUUAGCUCGCUUAACUCACUCUAGGCGAGACCUUGUUGGUAACAGCAUCUACUGACUUCAGGGGGUGGGGGGUUAGGCAGUGUCGUUAAACCGUUUAGAUUGUUUUCCAGUUCAAUUCGUCCGAUGUGAGACGUUCAAACCACAAUAUUGUAUUAAUCUAAAAUUUGUCAAUUAACUUGGUUGUUUUGCACUGUUUUGACUGUUUCUAGGGCUUACCCAAAUUAAACUAAAAUCACACAUCCUUGCAGUGAUUAUUAAUGAAUAAUAGAAUCAAUAGUACGCAGACCCCGUGCAAAUAUUGAUAUCCCUCUAUAUGUAGAGAGAGAAAUGAAACGGGUUGCUCAGCUUUCAAAUUCCAUGCAGCGACUCGCUUGCCCCGCUAAUUUCACCCUCCUCCCCUGUCGAUAAAGAUGCUGUCGCGAGCAAGGUAUGCUCAAGUAAAGAGAAAAAAGUCGUCAGUGUAAAAUAAUAUAAAAAGCAUAUUGGUACUAAACAUUUGUAACAAAGUUCUUAUUGCUUUAUUUAUACUAAGAGGAUGUACAUAAGCUUAAAUAUCACGGGUGUUUGGCGUCACCCGUAUUAGGGGGCUGUGGCGAGCGAUCCUUCGUUCUCAUGUGAUUGUAUUUAUAUCUGGACAACCAUCGGAUGCUCUUUCCUCUUGUCAGUUUCAGCUGUCUUGGCAUCUCUUUGGAAUCAAUUAAAUAAAGGAGUUUUGUAUGUAUACUGGAA